AUGAACUUCUUCAACUCUGCUCUGGGAAGAAACAUUACUUUUGUGCGUCCUGCUUAUUUUAUAAUUAGUGGGAUUUCUGGUAUCCCAAACAUUAAGUAUUACUAUGUUUUUCUCUUUUUUGUUUACAUUGUGUCUGUGGUGGGAAAUACAGUUGUGAUGGCUGUGAUAUACUUGGAUCAUAACCUGAGAACUCCAAAAUAUAUUGCAGUUUUUAACCUUGCAUUUGUGGAUCUGAUGGGUAGCUCUGCUUUGGUGCCGAAGCUUCUGGAUAUCUUUAUGUUUAACCAUCAGUACAUCCCCUACAAUGACUGCUUGAGUUUCAUGUUUUUCUGCUUCACCUUCAUUUCAAUGCAGUCUCUUACUCUGGUUGCCCUGUCUGUGGACAGACUCAUAGCUAUCGUUGAUCCGCUUCACUAUCAUAUGAAGGUGACUCACAAGUUCAUGCUGCGUUUAAUUACCUUUUUCUGGAUUUAUGUCAUUUCUCUUGUACUGACUGCAGUUGGUCUUCUCACAAGACUUUCUUUCUGUAAGUCUGUGGUCAUUAAUAGUUACUACUGUGAUCAUGGACCAAUGUACCGACUUGGCUGCAAUGAUUUUACUCCGAGCCACAUAAUAGGAAAUAUAUGUCAAAUUCUUAUCCUUUGGCUUCCACUGAUGUUCAUAUUAGUAAGUUACGGCUCUAUUGGAUAUGCUUUAUUAAAAAUAUCCACCAUUUCAGAGAGCCUCAAAGCCUUUAAAACUUGCACAGCUCAUCUUUCAUUAGUAGCAAUGUAUUUUCUCCCAAUUUUAAUAGCAUUUACUAUGAUGUCAAAAAUGCACCCAAAUGCCAGAAUCAUAAACCUGUCUCUGACCUCUGUCUUCCCUCCCAUGUUGAACCCAAUCAUUUAUGUUUUACACACUCAAGAAAUCAAAGAAUCUCUAAAAAAAGUAUUAAAAAUGAGAAGGCAAAACAAAAUUACUGUGUAG